AUGGCCUCACGAGGAGCACAGAAACCGUCUUCGGCAUUAAAAAAGCCGGUAAAUGAUAUAGAUAAUUACGACGUCGACGAUGAUCCCUUUGCCGAAUCUGGAAACGAAGCUCCCAGCAACGACACCACGCAGUCUAAGAAGCGUAAAGAUGCUACUGGGCUAGGAAUUGAUGAGGCUGUAGCCGUACAGAAGAAAGUCAGAGCCCCAAUUGUCAAGCUAGAUGAAGGCAGAUUGCUAUCAGAGAAAGGCAUCCCGAGGUUACGAAGAAAAGCUCGAGAUUUGAAGUUUAAAGGAAAAGGACACGAGUUUUCUGACGCCGCUAGACUUCUCUCCUUUUAUCAAUUAUGGUUUGACGACUUAUUUCCUAAAGCCAAGUUUUUAGACGCUGCAGCUAUGGCGGAGAAAGCAGGUCAUAAGAAAUAUAUGCGGAUGAAGCGUAUGGAGUGGAUCGAGGAAGGGAAACCCAAACCGGCAGGGCUCGACGGAGAUGACGAUGACCUUUUUGGCGAUUCUCAUGACCAACCAGAGGAGCGUGCGCCCGCGGUGUUCCCUGCCAGGAUUGCUCCCUUAUUCCAGGAUCGGGGAAGUGAAAGGGCACAUACGCCUAUACGAGAUGAUGUGCCUGAUGAUAACGAUGAUAUAUACGGAGCUACACCACAAGCAUCGAGGAUAACACAACCUGCAAGUAAAUCGUUAAUUGGAAGUGGGAGUGCUAGCACAAGGCCCGCGAGCGCAUCCCUAUUCGGAAAUGGCGAUGAGCCUGACGAAGAUGACCUAGACGCACUGAUGGCAGAGGAAGAAGCACAACGUACGAAGCCUACUUCUGUUUUUGGCAACGGUGGUGGAAAACCCAGUCAAUCUGAAAACGAGCUAGACGAGGAUGACUUAGACGCAUUGAUGGCUGAAGCCGAAACACACCACGAACCCCCAAAGCAAGCUUCUAAUCCUACGUCCAGGCCUAGCGUGGACAACAAUGAAGAAGAUGAUCUAGACGCAUUAAUGGCAGAAGCGGAAAAUCAAGAGCAAACGAAACGACAUGCGGGUUCAACACCUAAAGAAACAAAGGAGGUAACCCAGAAUACGGCAGACGCAGAUGAAGAGGAAGCCAUGGCAGAGAUGGAUGGAUUGUGGUGA